AGCCGGUCAGCUGCUCUCAUCCGUAGAGUCCCAUGUCGCCCUGUUCUGACACCUCCGGCACCAGCCCCCUUCACGUGGACGUUAUCACCCAACUGCCCAAUCCGUAAGACCACCCUCUCUCUGGUGCCCUCUGACCUUCUCUUACUGGUAUAUAUAGCCACCGAAGCUUCCCGAGGUCUCCUGGCAGCCAACAUGAAGGUCUUAGUAACGCUCUGCUUCGUUGUGCCUCUGCUGGUACUGGCCACCGCAGAAGAUGGUCCAGAAAGCAGUAGCAGCACUGCUGCGAGUGCUCCUGUUGCUAAAAUAGAGGUUGUGGACAGUUCAGUGUCUGAGUCAGAGCAAGAACCUUCAGAGGAAGAAGCCGUCCUGGAAUCCAUCCUGAGAGACAGAUCUCACAUUGAGGAAACUUUACGGCUCGCAGCAGAUGAGAAAGCAGGAGAUUAUGCUGCGGCAUUGCAGAGGUUGAGGAAGAUCUACCACAGCUCCAUCAGACCCAUGGAGCAGGCCUACAAGUACAAUGAGCUGAGACAACACGAGAUCUCAGCCUAUCCUGGACGCACGCUGGGGGAUUCAGCCACAGAUGGAGAAAUCACUUCCAAACCCAUGGUGCUGUUCCUUGGUCCUUGGAGUGUGGGCAAGUCCUCCAUGAUCAACUAUCUGUUGGGUCUGCAGGACACUCCUUACCAGCUGUAUACAGGUGCCGAGCCCACUACCUCAGAGUUUACAGUCAUCAUGCAUGGAGAGAAGAUCCGCACGGUGGAGGGCAUCGUUAUGGCUGCUGACAGCUCUCGCUCAUUCUCUCCACUGGAGAAGUUUGGCCAGAACUUUUUGGAGAAGCUGAUUGGAAUCGAGAUGCCACACAAGCUCCUCGAAAGGGUGACGUUCGUGGACACCCCUGGAAUCAUUGAGAAUCGCAAACAGCAGGAGAGAGGCUACCCAUUUAACGAUGUGUGCCAGUGGUUCAUUGACCGUGCAGAUCUGAUCUUCGUGGUGUUUGACCCCACCAAGCUAGACGUAGGUCUCGAGUUGGAGAUGCUCUUCAGGCAGCUGAAAGGACGGGAGUCUCAGAUUCGUAUCAUUCUUAACAAGGCCGACAACCUGGCGACGCAAGACCUCAUGCGCGUCUACGGUGCUCUCUUCUGGAGUCUGGCGCCCCUCAUCAAUGUAACCGAACCUCCUCGUGUCUACGUCAGCUCCUUCUGGUCCUACGACUAUGCCCCCGACACCAGCCGCGAACUCUUUAAGCGUGAAGAAAUAUCUCUGCUGGAGGACCUCAACCAGGUGAUUGAGAACCGUCUGGAAAACAAAAUCGCCUUCAUCCGUCAGCACGGCAUCCGCGUCCGCAUUCACGCCCUCCUGGUAGAUCGCUACGUUCAGACCUUCAAGGAGAAAAUGAGCUUCUUUAGCGAUCCUGAGUUGGUCUUCAAGGAGAUUGUGGACGACCCUGACAAGUUCUACAUUUUUAAGUCUAUCCUGGCCAAAACCAAUGUCAGCAAGUUUGACCUGCCCAACCGAGACGCUUACCGUGAUUUCUUCGGAAUCAACCCCAUCAACAGCUUCAAGCAGCUUUCCGCCCAGUGCUCCUACAUAGGCGGUUGCCUGCUGGAGAAGAUCGAGAAAGCCAUCACCAACGAACUGCCCUCCCUGCUGGGCAGCAUCAACUCUGGCAAGAACCCGACCCUGUCCUCCUGCGAGGCCACCGGAUGUGGGGAGAAGCCCAAGAACCGCUAUCGACGAAACUGAGAGAAGAACACGAGGUGGGAGGGAGACUGUGGAGGAGGGUGAGAGAAAGAAAUGAGGAACAUGGAGCCAAAACUAAAGGAGGAGCAGUGGAGCAAGUCCUGCUCCUGCCACAGGUCCGUUUCGAAGUCAAUGGAGACGGAUCCAAUGGGACUUUUUAUCUUCAAGCGAGUGAAGAGGUUGUGUGUGUGUGGGGAUGUUUGAGGGAAGGGGAUUUUGGGAUACUGGGUGGAGGGAGGUUUUUGUGAAGUCUUCAUGCAAAUGCGAGGAGAGUCGGCCAAAAUAACUCUCCUCUCUUUCCGCGCUACUUUUAUAAACUGUCUGCAGUUUUGGAGGGGAAAUGUGUACAAAUGGGAAAAAAUGGCGGACACACACUUAAAAAAUGUAAAAAAUAAAAUGUCUUGAGACUGAAAA